AGAUGUGAUUAAAACAGCGUCACAACAGACUAACAGUUACACAAGGGUCUGGAUCAGACAUGCCAGUGAAGCACACUGACAACCUGCAGUGUCAUUUCAGAAUUCCUGCUGCUGAAUACUAGGGGAGAGCUAGCUUGGAGAGAGCUAGCUGGGAGAGCACCUUGUGGCUACAGCAGGUAUGCAGGUUCUGGAAUGGAAUGGUAUCUCCCUGACUGGAAAAACCUAUGAAGAAGUGCAAAAUAUUAUUAUUCAACAGUGUGGGGAAGCAGAAAUAUGUGUAAGACUGGACCUGAACAUGCUCUCGGAUUCCGAGAAUCCCCAGCACCUGGAACUACAUGAGCCAGUAAAGGCAGUAGAUAAAGCGAAGUCCCCAGGGGUCGAUCCCAAGCAGCUGGCUGCGGAGCUCCAAAAGGUUUCCCUACAGCAGGCACCUCUGAUUGCCUCCUCAGGAGUAGAAAAGUCGUCACAUGCCCAUUCUGGAACCACUUCUGCCGCUUCCAGCGCUGUUCCCAGCCCUGGCCAACCUGGUUCUCCCUCAGUCAGCAAAAAGCGACAUAGCAGCAAGCCCACUGAAGCUACAAAGUCUACUUCUCAUCCAAUCACUGGAGAAAUUCAGCUUCAAAUCAAUUACGACAAACACCUUGGCAACCUUAUCAUCCAUAUUCUUCAGGCAAGAAACCUUGCUCCCAGAGACAAUAAUGGCUAUUCUGAUCCCUUUGUUAAAGUUUAUCUUCUUCCAGGGAGAGGACAAGUCAUGGUUGUCCAAAAUGCAAGUGCUGAGUACAAGCGAAGAACUAAGUACGUGCAGAAAAGCCUGAAUCCAGAAUGGAAUCAGACAGUCAUUUAUAAAAAUAUCUCCACGGAGCAGCUGAAAAAGAAAACACUGGAAGUAACUGUCUGGGAUUAUGAUAGAUUCUCCUCAAAUGACUUCCUUGGUGAAGUAAGUAUCUUUCCUUCUCUCUGUUCUGACUAGUUAGAAAGCUGAUGACUUGCAUGUUAGUAUCAGUCAUUACAUUAUGCUAUUGAGACAUGUUUUAGUGCAUGUGCAACUAACUGCAAGGUGAGUUAUUUGAUCUUGCUGAUUCAAGCUUUCCUUUUUAACAGUGAAAAUGGGUAACAUCACUGCCAGUGUAUAAGCAAAAGCAAAAUCUUGUAAGACUUAUUCUGAAUACAGUAGUAAUUAAUAAUAAAUAAGAUGAGGGAUCCUUGGAAGCAACUGAAUAAACAUGGAUGUACAAUAGAAAAUUAUAAACAAUAACUAGGACAUCAAAGAAGUAAUUACAAAUGUUAUUGUUGAAAAGGAUCAUAAUUAGAAGCCCAGAAAAAUCAAUUGCUCAAAUUACUGUUCUCAUACAGAGUAACUCAGUUCAGUCUGCGUUUGAGUUUUGCAAAAAUGCACUCAGCUCAGUUCCAGUUUCCAGUUGUGUAACUAUAAAACUGAGCAAUCAGUGUCACUGUUUGAACAACUACUAAAAUAAAUGUAUGGGAUGCAGCUACAUGAUUACUUAUUUCCUAUAUGCUGCAUCAGUUUUCCUGUUAAAUUCAGCAUUUCACCUGAGGUUUUACUAAAUAUUUGCAUCAUUGUUAUUUAUGACAUUUAGAAAACAGAUGCUCCAGCAGCUACUUCUAGAGGAAGUUUUAAACAUUUGCCUUCAAAUGUUUUCAACCUCUAGAAUUAUUUUAUUUAUUAAAUCAUUCAAACUUAAAUAUGAAAACAGUACUUCACGGAAAAAUGGAGAAGGCUAUCCAGUGUAUUUCAGGAGUAUUUUGAAGUCCAGUGGAAUAAUGCACAAUAAUAUCAAAUAAGGGAUAUCCAAAUUGUGCCCUAAGGAAUUUUUAAAGGAUUUGCACAAAAGCACGAGCACAGAUGGCACUGAGCAUCACAGACUGCUAGAAAAUUGAAUAGAACCAGCACUGCUUGCACACCACCAAAGUCAAAUGAUGUAUCAUAGUUCACAUCUGUGAGAACAAACCCUCUUGUUUACAAAACAGAGACACUAGCUUAUAUUGUCUAGUUGGAACAGUUUGUAACCAUGUUAACCAAGUCAUUCCUCAAACUGUUACCAAAAAAAACAUACUAGAGAGGAUGCUAAGUAGUUAAUUUGUUCAAAACAUUUAUAGAUUUAACCAGAGAGACCAAGCCAAGUCAUAAACAGCCUAUGAUGCUGAAAGAAAAAAUGGAAAGAAAAAAACCUUCUAACUU